AUGACUAAAAUAUUUAAAAGUGAACACCAACCAAUCCCAACACUUAUCAAAAACACUGAUGAGGCAAUCACUGAUAGUGAUAAAGCAAACAUGCUUGCUUCGCAGCUUACAAUGCUCCACUGUAACCAGUGUACCAAUGUUACAUCAAGUUUGAGACAGCAUUUUAAACACUGCAAACUUCAUGAGGCUACUGAUGGUGAAUUCGUCUGUGGAUUUAUUGAUUGUCGUCGGACGUAUAAAAGAAAAUCUUCACUUCAACGCCACUACAUAAGAAGACAUCAUCUAUCUGUAAUGGAUGAAAUUCACGAAAUUUUUGAUCGUUCUAAUGUGAUGGACAAAUUCACUUGUUCAGAUCUUGAUUGUAGAACCGAAUUGACGACUUUAUACAAUUUAACUAAACAUAUGAAAGAUCAUAUACGAGAUGGUUUAACAAUAUUAUGUCCUUUCGAUAAUUGUAAAUUGACUUAUCAAAAUGUCAGGUCAUUUUCAUCACAUAUAAGUCGGUAUCAUUAUCGAGUAAUGGAUACUGUAAAUAUUUUAAAUAAGAAUUUGAAAAUGUAUCAACCAAUUCAAAAAGUUGGGGAAUAUAAAUUACGUUGGAUAGUUUUUUAUGCAAUACUUGGAUCAGUAACUUUAACACCAACAUUUAUCACCGCUGCGAAUUCAACUUUUGAUGAAAAUAAUAAUUAUAUUCUGGAUUUUGGGAACGUCAACAGUGAAAUUAAUUUAUGCUCAAAGAUGGGACGUUGGAUUUUAAAGAAAAAUGGAUCAGCUGUUGACUCAGCAAUAACGACCAUGAUUUGUAAUGGUAUAAUGACUCCAUCAGCGUUGGGCAUUGGUGGUGGAUUUUUGAUGACGAUUUACGAUCGUAAAAAUAAACAAGCACAUUUUUUGAAUGCCAAAGAAAAAGCACCACUAGCUGCUCACAAAAAUAUGUUCAAAGAUAAUGACAAGGAACCAUCUAAAGUUGGAUCACUCGCCAUUGGAGUACCAGGUGAAGUUGCUGGUUAUUGGGAGGCUCAUCAAAAAUUUGGUAAACUCGCUUGGUUUGAUUUGUUUGAGCCCAAUAUUCAAUUGUGUAAAAUACAAUCAAGCAGUGAUCGAAACAUUCGUCCUCAAUUUUGUGAUACAAUAAGAACUAUUGCUGAGAAAGGUGCCAAUGAAUUUUACAAUGGUACAAUUGGUAAAAAGUUGAUUGAAGAUUUAAACAAGUUGGGCAGUAUAAUGACUAUUGAAGAUUUAAAAAAUUAUCGUGUUAAAUGGACAGAUCCAAUUGUUAAUGAUUUUUUAAAUGGAACAAAAUUAUUUACAUCAAAUCUACCUGGUAGUGGUGGACUAUUAGUUUUAAUGUUAAAUAUUUUUGAUGAAUUUAAAUUCACUCGUGAAAGUAUAAUAGGACAGGAAAAUAAAAUUAAAACACAUCACAGAAUAAUCGAGACAUGGAAAUAUGCUUAUGCAAUUAGAAGUCAAAUGGGAGAUCCAGACUUUACUGAUAUGACUGACUUAAUGAAAAAUAUAACAUCAAAAGAUUUUGCAAGGAUGAUCAAAGAUAAAAUAGAUGAUCAAAGAACUUUCAAUGAUCCAAGUCAUUAUGGAGGUGGUGAGAAUCUUGUAGAGGAUCAUGGAACAUCGCAUAUGUCAAUAAUAGCACCAAACGGUGAUGCUGUUGCUGUAACUAGUAGUCUUAAUGGACAUUUUGGAAGUGGAGAAAUAAGUAACCAAACAGGAAUUAUUUUAAACAAUGCAAUGGAUGAUUUUUCAAUUCCUACAGUAAUAAAUACAUAUUCAUUACCAGGAGUUAAUAAAAAUAAUGAAGUUGAAGGUGGAAAAAGACCACUUUCAUCAAUGGUACCAUCAAUUAUUACAACGUCAAAUGGUGAUGUUAGAAUGGUUAUUGGAGCUGCAGGUGGUACACAAAUAACAACAUCAGUUUCAUACGUCAUAGCAAGACACUUGUUCAUGGCUGAACCGAUACGAGAAGCUAUAAUUGCGCCAAGGAUUCAUCAUCAACUUUAUCCAAUGGAGUUGUCUUGUGGUCAAAUGAUUUCAUAUAAAAUCUAUUAUGGUUUAAAAAAAAUGGGUCAUGUUAUGGGACCGGAUGCAACUUCUUCUUCUGUUAUUGCUCUUGUGCAAAUCAAUGGAACAGUUAUUGAUCAUUUUUUUUCGUAA